GGAGCGGAAAGUGCUCCAGUCCAAUCCGGGCCGCCGGGUAAAGCCUCUCCUAUACGGUCUUCCCUCCCUCAGCCCACAGAAAACAGUGAAACCCUCCCAUAGAGGUGAGAGCGCAGAUGUCAUGAGAGAAGCGGCCACACGAUCACAGCGCACCGACCGACGCACCGACCGACCCCAGCCCGCCUCCCUGCGCCCUGGUCUGGGAUGCUUUUAGCGCAGAGACGCUUCCACUCAGGGCAGACACUGGACGUCGACGCAGAUCACUCCUUGCGUUGUUGUUGUUGUUGUUAUUUUUAACCGAGGAUCUUUUUCACCCGCAACCCCCCUUUUUAAGUGUUUAUGUUUGUUUCUUCAUGACUGCUGCUUUGGGAAGCGAGCCGCAGCACCAGCUCCAGCAACGCCAACACGAUGCGAGCCCAAAUCGAAGUUAUACCAUGCAAAAUCUGCGGAGACAAAUCGUCAGGUAUCCACUACGGCGUCAUUACGUGUGAGGGAUGUAAGGGUUUCUUCAGACGGAGUCAGCAGAACAAUGCCUCCUACUCCUGCCCCCGCCAGAGGAACUGCCUCAUCGACAGAACAAAUCGCAACCGCUGCCAACACUGCCGCCUGCAGAAAUGUCUUGCCCUAGGAAUGUCCAGAGAUGCGGUCAAAUUUGGCCGCAUGUCUAAGAAGCAACGUGACAGUCUGUACGCUGAGGUCCAGAAGCACCAGGCACGACUGCAGGAGCAGCGGCAACAGCAGACAGGAGAAGCAGAAGCUCUGGCACGUGUUUACUCGUCCAGCCUAACCAACGGACUGUCAACCCUUAACCACGAAAUAGGGGGAACCUAUGCCAAUGGCCACGUCAUUGAGCUACCCAAAGGUGGUCAUGGUAAUGGAGGAGGAGUCCCUGGGGGAUACUACGGGAUGGAUUCCACCCAGCCAUCUCCAGACCAGUCAGGUUUGGACAUGUCGGGCAUGAAGCACAUUAAGCAGGAGCCGGUGUACGACCUGACGCCAGUACCCAACCUGUUCAGCUAUGGAGGCUACCAGGACAGUCAGCUGGGGCCCAAUAAUGCCAGCAUGGGGGAGCUGGACCGCAUUGCUCAGAAUAUCAUCAAGUCUCACUUGGAGACAUGUCAGUAUACAACAGAGGAGCUGCAGCAGCUAGCCUGGCAGACACAUUCAUACGAAGAGGUCAAGAUGUACCAGAGCAAGCCAAGGGACGUGCUGUGGCAGCAGUGUGCCAUCCAGAUCACCCAUGCAAUCCAGUAUGUGGUGGAGUUCGCCAAGCGGAUCUCAGGGUUCAUGGAACUGUGCCAGAACGACCAGAUCCUCCUUCUCAAGUCAGGUUGUUUGGAGGUAGUCUUGGUGCGGAUGUGCAGGGCGUUUAACCCUCUCAACAACACUGUGCUCUUUGAGGGCAAGUACGGAGGCAUGCAAAUGUUCAAAGCUCUAGGUUGUGAUGACUUAGUGAGCGCAGUGUUUGACUUUGCCAAGAGUUUGUGUUCACUGCAGCUGACAGAGGAGGAGAUCGCUCUAUUCUCAGCUGCUGUACUAAUUUCCACAGAUCGGCCAUGGCUGAUGGAGCCUCGGAAGGUCCAGAAGCUCCAGGAGAAGAUCUACUUUGCUCUGCAGCACAUUAUGCAGAAGAACCACAUGGACGAAGAUGCACUGGCUAAGCUCAUCAGCCGAAUCCCAACACUGUCAGCCUUGUGCACACUCCAUACCGAGGAGCUUCAGGCCUUCCAGCAACUCCACCCAGAAACAGUCAACGUCCUCUUUCCACCACUCUACAAAGAACUAUUCAACCCUGACCCCAACUCUGCCAUGGUCAUGCCCAAGUGACUACCUGUGGUCCAAGUGCAACAAAUGGCGCCAGCAGAGGACCAAGAAAACAAGACAGCCACAUCUGACGAGACAAUAGCGUCGACUGUGUCACCAUCGUGGCAACCACAUAUUUCCGAGUUCCCCCAGGCACAUUUCAGGCUUGUGGGUGAGGAGUCAUCUGCUAAAAACUUAGAGUUACCGCCAACAAUACUAGGAAUGUCCAGCACUUAUCCCAUCCCGUUCACCGAUACAGUCUGAAGAAUGUAUAUAAAAAUGAAACGUGCCCCAAGCCACAACCUGAGUGGGGCUUCCACCUGUCUCCUGAACUGAACUGAACUGACCAGAAAUGUACAGACUUUAAGGCAUCUAGGAACAAUUUUAAGCUGUCAAUCUUUUAAAAAAUGGGUAAGUUAAUUUGAUUUAACUUUGAAAAACAAAUUGUUUUUUCUUUUUCACAUGAUGACAAUGUGAAGUUGAAGAAGCUGGAUGGGGGAGGGAACUGUGGAUUUAGAGAAGCUAUUGUAGAUAUUCUUCUAGUGCAGAGAGGAUUCCAGUAUUACUUCUUGUUCUGUUAAAAUAAGUUAGUCCUAAUUUAAAUAUACAGCAGCCCAUAGUGGCUGACUAUACCUUGUCUAUGUGUUUUUAUUUUAUUUGAUAGUUUCUUGUGUACAGAAUUUGUAAAGUUGAGACUGUAAAAGAAUACUGGGUAAAAACUGGGACUCAAUUUGGGUUUUGUUGAUAUAUAGAAGCCUUGUCUGGAUUUUGUUCAUAUGUAAAGAAGGUACGACAGCCUUCUGAUCAGAACCUAUAGAAAUGUAAAGAGAGCAUAUGAAGGAUUUAAAAAGAAAAUAAUGGGUACUACUUUUCAAGGUGAAGAUAUAUACAUAAAUAUUCUAUUUUGAAAGAAAAAGAAUCUGGCAGAUUUGCCAUGCUAUCAAUCAUUUUAUUUCUCGCUGCAAUAAUUAAGUCCAAUAAAAGCUGGACUGCUUUCGAACAAUCAAACAGAAACAACUAAUCAGAAACCAGGACCUCACGAUGAACCCCACAUCUCUUCCUAAAUUCCCUCACCCCACCCUUUACCUCUUAUGUACGACCUCCACAUGAGAUUGCAGCAAAUAGAAGUGGAUAAAAUGUAUGAAUAAGACACCGCCUCCAGGAAAAAAAAAGCAACACAAUCAAUUUCACAAUUAAAUCACUAGUUUCCAAUGAGUCGAACUUAUAGGAGUACUGUAUACCCUCACCUCCCCCCCAACCACUAUUUGCACAAUCCAAUCCAUGGAUAUCAGUCACUCCGGGCUGUGAAUAUGAAGGACCAUUUCUCUAAAGAGCAAUAACUUUCACACUGCCUUUCUGAUCUUACUCCUCUUCUUUCCUAGUGUUUGUAUAGCCAGUUGUUCAAGAACAGGGUAGCAGAUUUAACUAGAAUGCACUAUAUUUCUCUCCUAAUCAUUGAUUAUGUCUAACAAUCAUCUCUGCAGACAGUACUCACUCCCCCAUACACUCUGCAGUGUGACACAGCGUAAUCUGGUGUUAGGACAUAAAACAUAAAACAGCACUGACUCAAAGAUGUGAAGAAAUGCACAUUAGCCUCCGAUGGUCUUUGACACUUUUUGAAGAUUUAAAGUACACAUUUAAAGCGAAAUCAUCAAAUCAACAAUUUAUAUAGGAAGCUGUGGUAGACAAUCAUGUGUUUUUUCAUAGUAAUUCCAUAAUUCUUAGUUCUUACAGUCAUUUUUUGUUGUUUUCUUUUUUGUUAAAUCACAAAAUUACUGGGCAUUUAUACAAUGAGAACGUGCUGUUACCUGCUGAAGGAACUAUUGGAACAUCAAGUUUUGAGUGUUUCAUCACACUUGCAAAAAUCUCAGCUUAACUUAAGCCACGUACCAAAAUAUGAGACCUUCUACACAACAGUAGCACUGAAUUCAUUAGGUACUUUUGUAGUUUAAUUAGUUUUUGCCGAGCUCAAACAAGGACAGCAGAUUUACCUCAACUUUAAAUGCUUUGAUUAGCGGACUCUGAUCUAGUCUCAUUUAAGCACUAAAAGUGAGACCAUCAAUGCACAGUGGCCAAAUCUUCGAUACCCUAUAGACACAGACUAGUAAUGUAUCUAUUACCAUUAACAACACAAACAUGUUCAUUAUCCUUCUGUACACGAUCUUUUUUUUUACAUUUGGAAAACAACACAAAGUGACAGCAUGGGGGAGCAAGCACCAAUUAAUAUUAACUCUUAGCAAGCUGCUCACAUCCAUCUGUUCCACACUGCGUUAGUUCCUCCAGAGUCCAGCAUCUUUCCUUGAACCCCCCGACCCCGCCGCAGAUCAGAGGCCAGUGUCUCUUAAAGACAAUCACUUGCUCAUUAAGGCUCGAUGCACUACACAGCAUCUCUCAGGGAGCAGCUCUUUUUCUGACUUUGCAUUAAAAGAGGGUUUAAUAUUUUUGCAAAUUUACAAAAAAAAAAGGAAUUAUAAAAGAAUAACUUUUUAGGAUAAACGCGUCAUUGGCCGCCAAUGUAUGCCGGCAAUGGAAUCUGCCCAGACAAGGCUUUGAUAGAUGUAUGUCUGUGUGUAUGUGUGUAUAGAGCAUGAAUUCACUGUCCAGAUUUCUUCAGAGCCCAUACUACAUGACAAGCAUCAUUGCAUAGCACAAGAAGAAAAACAAAAAACUAUAUACUGUAUGUCGGUGUGCUCUUGUCACCGCUCAUGUUUACUGCUUAUUUUGCUGCUUUUGGGACAGUGAAGGACGUCCAGUAGUAAAUUGUGAUUCAAGCACAAUCAUGACACCCCCGGGACAGUGAAUUACAUCUCUGAAAAUGAAGUUUUUGUGUGUGAUGUUUUUAUUUUCCCUUGUUAGACUGUGAAUCAGAGGGGUGGGAUGGGGUGGGGCGGGUGUUGUGAGGGAAGGAGGGUGUGCUAGCAAGUACGAGUGGCAACGCAACACUGUAAGUAAGAUACUGUAGCAAUAAGAACUGGAGGCAUUUACUACUGUCAUGUUUGCAUUGUAAGAUUAUUUUUUAUUUUAUUACUAUUUACUAUUAUUAUUGUUCUUAUUAUGACUACUAUUCUUCUAUUACUAUUAGCCUAUUGUUGUUCUGUUCUAUUUGCAUGACGUUUCAUUGCAAUGAAACUUUUUGUGUUUUCUCUUCUCAUGAUAAUGUGGGUUUCGUGGGAGAGGUUUUGAAAGGGUGGGCAGUGGGUUUAGGGCAAAUUCCACUUCAAUUUAGUCAGUUCAAAGAAUUUUUUUCACAGGCUGAGAGAAUUUUUAAAUAAAAUGCUCUAAUUUAUACACAACCAAUUAAAAAUUUGUUGUUGGAUUUAAACUUUUUUUCCCCCCCUAACCUCUGAAUGUGUGAGUUGGUACAACCAGUCAGGAUUCGUCCCUUUCUGAACUGGCCUUAUUGAACCGGAUCAGAGACCCCUAUCCUGCUGCAGGUGGGAGCGAUGUGGGGAGGGGAAUCUAUUCUGAAUGUUAUGGAGUAGCCUGUUCAGUGUGAGGGGCUGAACACAUCAUGCGCCUUUACCACUCCAUCAACACAGAAUGACCACACAGCGCACAAUAAAGCAGAUCGUUGUUCUUCGCGACGACUUGGGCGAAUUGUGCAGACAUUUUUAAUACACUCGGUUUGAAAUGCAUUUCCUAUACUUAGACAAAUACACUCCGAACCUCCUUCUCCCUUUCCCAAGUAAACCUUGUAUGAGCAUGAAUGUGUGUGAGAGACAGAAAAGAGAGUGAGAUGAUGUUUGCUCUACCAAUGCUUUGUAAACUUUCUUGAUGCAUUACACAUGUGUGCAAUUGGAGUAGUGUUGAACAUGGUUAAUUUAUUGUUUAGAAUGUCUUUGCAUCCCAGCAAGAGCAAAUAAAACAAAAUGUAGCAACCUGUAGCUGAAACCUCAGAGGUACUUUUGCUACAGAACCUCUUUUACACAGGACUGACAAAACUACAAAGCAAAAACAAAAAAGAGACAUUUUGUUUGUUUUCAAAGUGCCAUAGCUAGUGAGGAGAGAAGGAUUGGUGGAGUGGGGCAUAGAUGCUUUACUGUGUGAGUUUACAUGACAAACCAAUCAAAAAAAAAAAAGGGGGAACUCCAAGGUAAAUGUGUAUUUGAUUACACUGACAAACGGUUUUUACAUUUUAUGCUUUUUUCAUUUGGCGGGGACUCUGCUGGACUCUGAACUCUGACUUUAAAUCCAUGAGCUCUACUGCAAAGGUUUCAUUUUCACAUGAGAAUGAAAGAGUGUGUGUGUGUGCAUGCAUGCAUUUGCAAUAAAGAGAGCCACAAACACCCAUAUUUGAUGGAUCAGACUGGGCUGAAGUUCAGAGCUAUGCAGGGGCCUUAGUGAGUCCUCCUCUGAGAUGUAUAUACAAUGUGAAGGUCUGAAGUGAUUUUUGUUAAAUUCUAUAUUUUAUCGCUUUUGUAGACAUUUUGUUGUGGGAAGAAAAAAAAUAAAAGAAAUUUUAUGGGUGCA